AUGCCGGAGCGCCAGCAACAAGAUCAGAUGGACGAGGACCAUGGAGAGCACAUGGAGGAGGAGUUCAUAGACGAUGCAGACGCAGAAGAGAUAGUCCAGGUCGACGAUGACCACCCGAUGGAAGAAGAGGACGAGGAGCUACUGCUCGAGAACGACUCCGCCGCACACUUCGACAAGCAUACAGACUCAAUAUUCUGUAUCGCGCAGCACCCAAUCCACCCUGAAAUCAUAAUCACGGGCUCCGGAGACGAUACCGCAUACAUAUUCGACUCCAGCCAGACUGCCGCUGCUGAGAAACCGCUACUGCCGAAGAGCUACGAGACAACACCGCAGCAAAGUAAAGAGAGAGAAUCCCUCCCCGUCAUAGCGCAUUUAGACGGACACAAGGACUCGGUGAACGCCGUGUGCUUUACUGCUCCAAGGGGUGAAUAUGUGAUCACUGCUGGUCUGGAUGGGAAACUACGUGCCUGGAAGGAUACAAGUGAGAAUCUGGCGGGCAGGGCAUGGCAGUUCCUGGCCGAGUCGCAGGAAGUGGAGGAGAUUAACUGGAUCGCUACUUGUCCGUCAAGUAAGGCCGGCAACGAUGAGCAGACGAAGAAUGUGGUUGCUAUCGGUGCCAGUGACGGCAGUGUAUGGGUGUACCGUGUGGAUGCAAGUGAGGAAGCUGCAGAACCUUUGACGAUAGUGGCUACUUAUUUUCAGCAUACGGCGCCUUGUACGGCUGGUGCAUGGACUCCGGACGGACAAUUGCUGGCUACCGUCUCCGAAGAAGGUAGCUUUUACGUGUAUGAUGUGUUUGGGGCUGCGGCUGCUGCUGGAGUUACUGCUUCUGCCGGUACGCAGUCUGUCGUUGCGUUGACGGUGCAGGACCAGAGAUUCGCUGUGGAAGGGGGGUUAUAUUCCGUUGCCAUCUCACCUUCGGGCGCAUUUGCUGUUGUUGGUGGUGCCGAAGGUCAUAUCAAGGUCGUUGGGCUCCCUCGUUUGACAGAUACGUCUGCAAAGUCCAAGGCCAAAGGUAAAGGAGGCGCCGGCGCAGCUGGUGGUUCCGGGGCUGGCACUCUUCUUGCCUCUCUCCAAGCUCAGUCAGACGGCAUCGAGUCCCUGUCUUUCUCCUCUCCUCCGCUGAACCUCCUCGCAGCUGGCUCAGUGGAUGGGUCCAUUGCUCUGUUUGACGUUGCCCAUAGAUUUGCUGUUAGACGACAUAUCCGUGGAGCCCAUGAAGAAACAGCUGUGGUGAAGGUUGAAUUCGUUCACUGCGAGACCAACACUGCCUCUGCUGGUACGUCAUCGGGCAGGCCAUGGUUACUUACCUCUGUCGGAAUGGAUGGAGUGGUUAGGCGAUGGGAUACCCGGGGCGGCACUGUAGCUGCCGGCCAUGGACUUUUGAAAGAAUGGAGAGGCCAUGUUGGUGUAUCUGAGAAUGAAGAGGGAGAGCAGUCUGGUGGCAUAUUGGACUUUGUACAGGGGGAUAAGGAAGGCAGACGGAUAGUCACUGCCGGUGAUGAUGGUAUAGCGCUUGUGUUUGAAGAGUAA